GCCGAACCAAUUACACAGCAAUAUUGUUUGAUUUACAGCUGAUUUACCAGAAGUUUUGUUUGGGAAUUGGCAUUUUUACAAGGAAAAUAGUGAAUUAUAAUAGCAAUAGCAAUUAAAACAGUUAAAAUGGAUGCUGAAACUUCACGUAAAACCUGGGAGUUAGAGAAUAAUGUGAAAACACUGCCGGCUUGUGAUGAAAUUUUUCGCUAUGAUGGUGAGCAGCAACGUCAAAUUCUUGACGCCAAGCCAUGGGAAAAAGAUCCACAUUAUUUUAAAGAUAUCAAAAUAUCAGCAUUAUCACUGCUAAAGAUGGUAAUGCAUGCACGUUCGGGAGGCACUCUUGAGAUUAUGGGUCUGUUGCUUGGCAAAGUUGAAGACAACACCAUGAUUGUCAUGGACGCAUUUGCAUUACCCGUGGAAGGUACUGAGACGCGUGUAAAUGCUCAAUCUCAAGCCUAUGAGUAUAUGUCUGCCUAUAUUGAAGCAGCCAAAGAAGUGGGACGUUUGGAGAAUGCUAUUGGGUGGUAUCACAGUCAUCCCGGCUACGGUUGUUGGUUAUCGGGCAUUGAUGUGUCAACGCAAAUGCUUAAUCAGAACUAUCAGGAACCAUUUGUUGCCAUUGUUGUGGAUCCAGUACGUACUGUAUCAGCUGGCAAAGUAUGCUUGGGUGCAUUCCGCACGUACCCCAAGGGCUAUAAACCACCAAAUGAAGAACCUUCUGAAUAUCAGACUAUACCUUUGAAUAAGAUUGAUGAUUUCGGUGUACAUUGUAAGCAAUAUUACCCACUUGAAGUGACCUAUUUCAAGUCUGCAUUAGAUCGAAAGCUACUGGACUCUUUAUGGAACAAAUAUUGGGUGAAUACUUUAGGUAGUUCGGGAUUACUCACCAAUACCGAUUAUACAACAGGACAAAUUUUUGAUUUGUCGGAGAAACUUGAACAGAGUGAGUCAAGUUUGGUGCGAGGACCAUUCGUAGUUUCAGGUGCUGAAGGUAGCGAGAAACGGACUGAAGAUAAACUUUCAAAAGCCACUCGUGACUGUAGUCGCGCAUCGAUUGAACUAAUUCAUGGCCUAAUGGCGCAAAUUGCUAAAGACAAGCUAUUUAAUAAAGUUGGAUUAGGAAAAUAAAUUAAAGCAGCGGCCAAGAUAGCAAUUAGUAUUUCAAUUUCAAUAAUACACUAUGAAUAAAAAUUACCAUUCUUUCUUAAAACGCA